AUGCCAGAUGAUGAAAUCCCUACUAAAACCCACAAAUCUCGCUACCUUUUUUCAAUCUUUCUUGACUCAUUAAAGAUCAUCUUCUUAGAAAAUCCUAAACUGUUCUUGAUAAUCUACACAUUUACUACUUUUCCACUAUCUAUUCUCCUUACUUUCUUUUCGAUUUCAUCUGAUAUUCGCUUCCUUAAAUCGCAUCUCAAUAGGCUCGAAUGGCUGUAUCAUGCUGUUCCGAUUUGGAUCGAGGCGGCUAAUAUACGAGACGAAUCUAGAGCUGAUUCUCGUAAGCUUCUUUAUCUUCGAUUAUUCUAUGGUGUUCCUAUUUUGGCUCUUUCUUUACUGUCUUUGGUUACUAUUGUGAGUUUAGCUUAUUUUGGUUGCCGUAAGAAGAAGAAGCUGAGUUUGAGGGUACCCAUGGCUGCCUUCAAGCUCAGGUGGGCUCCCCCCUUACUUACUUGUAUGGUCAACUUUAUCUUAUGGGUCGGGUGGAGCCAUUUGGAUCCGUUUUUCAAUGGAGUCUAUAUCAAGUAUUCAUAUUACUUAAUGGCGGUGCAGGUUAUGGUGGAAGUGUAUAUGAUGGCCGUGAUGGGUGUCGGGCUUGAUGUGUCUGUGAUUGAGGGUCGGGUCGGGCUUGGAGCGGUUAUUGCCGGGUUUCGUUUGAUGAAGGGGAAGAGGGUUCAUGGGUGGAUUUUAUCGGGCUUCAUACUGUUAAUUUCGGGCUUUAUAGGUAGAGAAAUGGUUGGGGUGAUGAACGGUGGGGAUAUGGAAGUUGGUGAUACGUGGACGGCUGGGAUGAAGUUUGGAAGUUUGUUUGGAUUGGUGGUUUUAUUAGGAUGGUUUAUCUUAUGGAGUAAUGUGAUAAUGGUGGUAUAUUAUUUUGAGUGUAGAAAAAGAAAUGUAAUUAGAGAAGAUGAACAAUUAGAUUUAAUUGAUGAUUAUGACAUUUAA